UUGCAGCAAGUGCUAGUGAACUCUCAGUGGGCUAAACCUAAUGGUCCCAAUUUUUUGAAAAUCGGAGGGGAAUCACCGCAGAACAAAAAGUGGGUGGUGAAUGAAGAUUUACCAUAUCUGCAAUGGGCCAAAAAAUUUGGUGCCACUGUGCAUGCACUUGAGCACAGAUACUAUGGCGAAAGCAUAGUCGGAGGGACCGAAGAGAAUCCAAACACGGAUCUUAGAUAUUUGUCAUCGUUACAAAUGUUAUAUGACGUGGCCGACUACAUACAAAGCGUCAACCACCAUUCAGAUAAUAGUGGUCCUUGGAUUGUUUUCGGUGGCUCCUAUGCAGGUAAUUUGGCUAUAUGGGCGCGACAGCUUUUUCCCGAAUUGAUCAUCGGAGCUGUUGGUUCAUCCGCACCAGUGGAAGCUAAGCUGGAUUUUUAUGGUCAGUUAAUUGAUAAACCUCUUCACUCUAAAUACAGGUUUGUGACCCGCUGA